AAACACAAAGGUCCUCUCUACGGCACGUGGAAGAGAGUAACACCGAUUUCGUUGCAACAGUGCACGUUCCUGUCACACGACGUCGAGUUUGUUACGAUUUUCACACCAAAUCAGUUCGCGAAGGGGAAGCGUUAAAGAUCGAUCAGAUUGGUAUCCUUCGAUUUCGCACUGGUAGAUCGGACUUCGUCGUUAGUAAGCCACGAUGGCGCAGAUUGUGACAAUGGUGUACGAUGGCUACCGGGACCUGAUGGACAACAAGAGCGACCCCAGGGUGAAGGAUUGGGCCAUGAUGAGCAGUCCGUUCCCAACCUUAGCUAUCUGCCUCUCCUACGCCUACUUCGUCAAGGUUCUAGGUCCUAAACUCAUGGAAAAUCGCAAGCCUUUCGAUCUAAGGAGGGUCAUGAUAUACUAUAAUCUCGUCCAAGUGAUAUUCUCUACGUGGCUAUUUCACGAGUCCAUGGUUGCCGGAUGGGCAGGUCAUUAUUCGUUUCGCUGCCAACCGGUAGAUUACUCGGACAAUCCUUUGGCAGUUCGAAUGGUACACGGUUGCUGGUGGUACUACUUUUCGAAAUUCACCGAGUUCUUGGACACCAUCUUCUUCGUGCUGAGAAAGAAAAACGAUCACAUCUCGACUCUGCACGUGAUCCAUCACGGAAUCAUGCCAAUAUCCGUCUGGCUCGGUGUCAAGUUCACUCCUGGCGGUCACAGUACGUUUUUCGGCCUACUCAACACGUUCGUGCAUAUCGUGAUGUACUCGUACUACCUGCUGGCCGCGCUUGGCCCAAAGGUGCAACCGUACCUCUGGUGGAAGAAGUACCUGACAGCCCUGCAAAUGAUCCAGUUCGUGCUGGUGAUGAUACACGCGUUCCAACUUUUCUUCAUCGAAUGCAACUACCCGAAGGCGUUCGUCUGGCUGAUCGGCUUGCACGCCGUCAUGUUCUACUUCCUGUUCCGUAGUUUCUAUAACGAGUCAUACAACAAGAAAAAGAUGUCCACCAUGAGGAAAGAGAAGGAAAUGGAGAGACUGAACGAGAAGAAGCAACAGAGCGAAGCGAAGAACGGCGUGAUGUACGCGAACCAGUACAAAAUGGCGACUGGUUACAUCUCGGAUAGCGGUCUUAGGAACCGCGUGUUCAUCGACAACCGUGGCUUUCAGGAAUGAAUCUACGCGGAAAUCAUAGUCAUCGAACCAUCGUCGUGUCGUGAAUUCGCGUGCACAAGUUUCAGCUCAUCGUCGUAGUAUAGUCGAUCAUAUUUUUCGAUAAUCAUACUAUACAAAGGGGUAUGUCACGAAGGGUGAUCAGGAGUGGUCCUUUCCCAAACAUUCCGCGUUCACCAACUAAGUAUCACCUAUUAUCCUCCGCGCAGGAUACGUUUGAAUGAAAGUAGGAACACUUUCACGCUUUCUGUGCGUGGUUUUGUGUCGCGUGUAUAGAUGUAUGCUUCUACGUGGGAAUGUAUGUAAGUACAGGCGAGUGUACGAGUAGAGUAAGGAGAACACGAGUAGACCUGGCGGCAUCCUAACCGCUGUCGAGUUAAGGUUACUUUAAUUUGCCAAAUUUUUUUCCGCUAAUUCCUGUGGUCUUUUGCGAAAGCUUGCGAGUUAGCAAAGUCGAUGAAGCUAACGAAUCGCGAACCAUUUUCAACGAACGUUACGAAUUUUCGUUGCGAUCCCACCGCAACGGUCUUAUUGCUCAAACCAUUAAACGGAUUAACUUUUCUGGCUCGUGACGUCGUUGCAUCGAAUCAUCUCUCGAUCGUUUCGUUCUUUCGCGAUUCGCGUGGUUUGGUCGCGAGACAUCGCGAAUAUAGAUUAAUCUCAGGAUUGAGCGAUCGCGAGCAACCGACAGAUCAGGUCGAUAAUUUUCGAAUCGCAGGGCAUUCGUUCACUUCAUAUAAUUUUAAUGAUUGUCAACGAUUUUCAAUGAUUGCCAAUGAUUGUCAAUUAUUGCCAAUGAUUCUCAGUGAUUCUCUGUGAUUCUCAGUGAUCCUCUGUGAUUCUCAGUGAUCCUCUGUGAUUCUCAGUGAUUCUCUGUGAUCUUCGGUGAUUCUCUGUGAUCCUCACUGAUUCUCUGUGAUUCUCAAUGAUUUUCAACGAUUUUUAACGAUUCAGUGUAGAAUAUGGUCGGAUGAAAAUAAUCGUAGGAUAGAAUCAAUGACAUUAUUUGCGAUUCCUAGUCAUCGUAUGCGACUGGAAUAUUGAAAGAAGUAAUUAGAAAUCAUCGUUGAACUGAUUACUGAAAUCGUAUCGGAUUGCAAUAGUAAAUACUUUUUCGAGGUAACUAGUUUUCGCUGUUUCGCUGUCUUGCGCAACCCACCCGAGACAUAUGGAAACAUAAAACACGAUUGUUAGCAUACUUCAAUAUUUAUGACGCAAAAUUUUUUGUUUUUUUCCGCCGGUAGUUUUCUGCGAUAGUUACCGGCCAGAGUGCGGGUUUAUUUACAACCGAUUUCUAAUGCACGAGUAUAUGUACACAAGCGUGCUUUAUUAUCUAUGCGAAGAAAAACAAUUCGUCGUAACGUGUUGCCCCGAUUCGAGAAACGUCGACUGAAUGUGAUGCAAAAUACAUUUUUAUCGCGUAGAAUAAGUACCUUUGUAUAAUACGGACUACUAGU